AUGGGUUUUCUGGUGGAUACGCAAAAAGAAGGAGGUGGACAUUCAUGGGGUUGCGUGAGGAGUUUGGUAAGAAGGAAACAGGUCGACUCUGCAAAUGUAAAACCUGAGGAGGGUCACCAUCAGCUCGCCAAAGCGCUCACUGUUCCUCACUUGAUUGCAAUUGGCGUUGGAGCUACUAUAGGAGCAGGGGUCUAUAUUCUUGUAGGAACAGUUGCAAGAGAGCAUUCAGGACCUGCUCUUGCUUUGUCCUUUCUUAUAGCUGGAAUUGCGGCCGCCCUUUCUGCCUUUUGCUAUGCUGAACUCUCUAGUCGUUGUCCCUCAGCUGGGAGUGCUUAUCACUAUUCUUACAUUUGUGUUGGCGAAGGUGUUGCGUGGUUGAUUGGUUGGGCGCUCAUUCUGGAAUACACGAUUGGUGGCUCAGCUGUUGCCCGAGGCAUAUCCCCAAAUCUGGCACUGAUUUUUGGUGGUGAAGAUGGUUUGCCUGCAGUUUUAGCCCGUCACCAGAUCCCAGGCCUUGAUGUUGUUGUCGAUCCAUGUGCUGCUAUUCUAGUGUUUGUUGUAACUGGCCUUUUGUGCAUGGGAAUAAAGGAGAGCACAUUUGCUCAGGGAAUUGUAACUGCAGCCAAUGUGUGUGUCUUGUUGUUUGUCAUAGUAGCUGGCACUUAUCUGGGCUUCAAGACUGGUUGGGCUGGUUAUGAACUUCCUACAGGGUUCUUUCCAUUCGGAGUGGAUGGAAUGUUUGCUGGUUCUGCUACAGUCUUCUUUGCAUUCAUUGGGUUUGAUUCAGUGGCAAGUACUGCAGAGGAGGUGAAAAAUCCCCAACGAGAUUUACCGAUUGGUAUUGGUCUUGCACUAUUGCUCUGUUGUUCUCUCUACAUGAUGGUUUCCAUUGUUAUUGUUGGUUUAGUUCCAUACUAUGCGAUGGAUCCUGACACCCCGAUAUCCUCUGCAUUUGCUAGUCAUGACAUGCAAUGGGCCGUAUACUUGAUAACUUUAGGAGCUGUGAUGGCUCUCUGCUCAGCUUUGAUGGGUGCGCUUCUCCCUCAGCCGCGAAUUCUGAUGGCAAUGGCUAGGGAUGGUCUGCUGCCUUCGAUUUUCUCAGACGUUAAUAAUCGCACACAGGUUCCAGUCAAAGCAACCGUCGCAACUGGGUUUUGUGCUGCAACCUUAGCGUUCUUUAUGGAUGUUUCACAGCUUGCAGGCAUGGUGAGUGUUGGGACACUUCUGGCAUUUACAAUGGUGGCGAUAUCGGUGUUGAUACUCAGAUACGUUCCUCCAGAUGAGCUGCCUCUUCCUUCAUCUCUUCAAGAGAGAAUUGAUUCAGUUUCCUUUAUAUGUGGUGAAAUAAAGUCAUCUGAUCAUGUUGGCACUUCCAAUAGCAGUACACAGCCUUUAAUUGGCAAAAAUGAUGCUGCAGUUCAUUUCCCGGUUAUCGAGAAGCAAGAGGCUCAGGGGUGUUGGGUUCUAAGUGAAGAAAAUAGAAGGAUAGUGGCUGGAUGGAGCAUUAUGUUCACCUGUAUUGGGGCCUUCGUUCUAAGUUAUGCGGCAUCUAGCCUGAGCUUCCCAUGGCUUAUUAGAUAUCCGCUGUGUGGUGUUGGUGGAAGUCUCCUUCUUGUUGGUUUGAUUGCUCUGAGUAUUAUAGAUCAGGAUGAUGCCAGGCAUACUUUUGGACAUUCUGGAGGUUUCAUGUGCCCGUUUGUUCCCCUACUGCCAAUCAUAUGCAUUCUCAUCAAUAUGUACCUUUUGGUUAAUCUUGGAUCUGCAACAUGGGCUCGUGUAUCAGUGUGGCUGCUGAUUGGAGUAAUUGUGUAUGUUUUCUAUGGCCGAAAGCACAGCUCGCUCGCCAAUGCAGUUUACGUAACUACAGCUCAUGCAGAGGAGAUAUAUCGUGAUCAUGCGGUUUCUUCGGCAUAG